GCAGCAGCAGGAGCAGCAGGGUGGGUUGAGCGGUGAGUGUGGGGACCGUGGACAGCUCCACACUGAGGAGCAGAGCAGCGCAGGAGGAGGAGAGGGCUGGAUAUGGGGGAGCCACCGCACAGGCCCGCAACAUCCACAUAAAAACUGUUUUUUGUUUUGUUUUUUUUCUUUUUAUGUUUUUUCUUUCGUUUUCUUUUUUAAAAUUUUAAUGUGCGCGCACCGGUGGGAGAGACACAAAGACACGGAGCUGGAGAGACCGCGGGGGGGACGACGAGGAGGAGGAGGAGGACACAUCCGAGGGAGAGAAGGGGAAGAGCGGGGACGCGGACACUGACCCAUCCCGGAGCAUCGGCGAGAAGAAAGGAGACGGAGAGACGAUUCCUUACCUGAUGGACUGAGAGGACAGAUGAAUGAAGACUGCCUACACUAACGCCUAUCGAUGUCUGGCCAAGGACCUGGACGCUUACGCCAUGAACCCGGACAUGACAAUGGACGGCAUUGGCAGCCUGCAUGGCGGGGUGGCGGUCAGCUCCGUGGCCCCUGACGCGGAGCUGAUGAGCGGCCACAGCCCGCACCAUGUCCGAGGGAGCUCACUGGGGGGAGGUGGAGGGGGAGGAGGAGGAGGGGGACACGGGGCGGCGGCAGCGGCGGCGGCGGCAGCCACCCUGCGGAUACACCAGGACCUGGCGGCUGCCGCCGCCGCCUCCUCCCGCUCCGCCAUGGUGUCCGGUAUGGCCACGAUCCUGGAGGGCAGCGGGGAGUACCGGCCCGAGCUGUCGCUGCCGCUGCACCACGCCAUGAGUGUCCCGUGCGACACCUCCUCUCCCGGGAUGGGGAUGAGCGGCACCUACACCACCCUGACGCCGCUGCAGCCGCUGCCGCCCAUCUCCACCGUGUCCGACAAGUUCCACCACCACCAUCACCACCACCACCACCACCAGCGGCUCUCCGGGAACGUGAGCGGGAGCUUCACGCUGAUGCGGGACGAGCGGGUGCUGCCGGGCAUGAACAACCUCUACAGCCCCUACCACAAGGACCACAUGUCCGGGAUGGGUCAGAGUCUGUCCCCGGUGCUGGGCAACGGCCUGGGCUCCAUACACAACACCCAGCAGGGGCUCCACAACUACGGCACGGCGACGCACGGGGGCCACGACAAGAUGCUCAACUUCGACGCGCACCACACUGCCUCCAUGCUGGCCAGAGGAGACCACCACCAGCACCGGGGCCUCGGUGGCCCCGCGGCGGGCAUGAUGCCGCACCUGAACGGCAUGCACCACCCGGGACACCCGGGCGCCUCCACGGCGGGUCACCACCCGCACUCCCAUCUCCAGUCUCCAUCGCACGGGCCGGUGUUGACCUCCAACCGGGAAAGACCACCCUCCUCCUCGUCGGGGCCGCAGGGGGCCAACGGCGCGGGGCAGCUGGAGGAGAUCAACACCAAGGAGGUGGCGCAGCGGAUCACGGCGGAGCUGAAGAGGUACAGCAUCCCGCAGGCCAUCUUCGCCCAGCGGGUGCUGUGCCGCUCGCAGGGGACGCUGUCCGACCUGCUGAGGAACCCCAAACCGUGGAGUAAACUAAAGUCCGGCCGCGAGACCUUCAGGAGGAUGUGGAAGUGGCUGCAGGAGCCCGAGUUCCAGAGGAUGUCGGCACUCAGACUGGCAGCGUGCAAACGGAAGGAGCAAGACACGGCGAAGGAGCGCAACAGCACACCAAAGAAGUCGCGGCUGGUCUUCACCGACCUGCAGCGACGCACCCUGCUGGCCAUCUUCAAGGAGAACAAGCGGCCGUCCAAAGAGAUGCAGCUCACCAUCUCACAGCAGCUGGGCCUCGAACUCACCACCGUCAGCAACUUCUUCAUGAACGCCCGACGUCGGAGCCUGGACAAAUGGACAGACGACGGCGGGAGCCCCGGGGGCCAAUCUUCUGCGUCCAGCACUUGUACCAAAGCGUGAUAAAG